UCAUCAUCGAUGUUGCAGUGCUCUGCUAGUAGGGUCUGAAGGGAGCGGUAGACAGCAGAGCAAAACAAACCACAGAAAACUCGUUUUUCUGUACAUUUACAAACAACAACAACAACAACAAUUACAAUCAUGGAAUUGUGUGAGAUACUGUACAACAAGGCGGAAUACAUUGAAACGGCGUCCGGUAACAAAGUGAGCAGGCAGUCGGUGCUGUGCGGCAGUCAGAACAUCGUCCUCAACGGCAAAACUAUAGUAAUGAAUGACUGUAUAAUCCGUGGAGACCUGGCCAAUGUCAGGGUGGGGAGGCACUGUGUUGUGAAGAGCCGCAGUGUCAUUCGACCGCCCUUCAAAAAAUUCAGCAAAGGAGUGGCCUUCUUCCCGCUGCACAUCGGAGACCAUGUGUUUAUAGAGGAGGACUGUGUGGUGAACGCUGCUCAGAUCGGAUCUUACGUACACAUCGGGAAGAACUGUGUCAUCGGCCGGCGGUGUGUGUUGAAGGAUUGCUGUAAGAUCCUAGACAACACAGUUCUUCCUCCUGAGACCGUGGUUCCUCCCUUCACCGUGUUCUCAGGAUGCCCAGGUCUGUUUUCAGGAGAGCUCCCAGAAUGUACCCAGGACCUGAUGAUUGACGUGACCAAGAGUUACUACCAGAAAUUCCUCUCCCUCAGCCAGAUAUAAAUCCCUGCAUUAACCUACUUUACCCUGCUCUACACUACCCAGAUAUUACCCCCUACUCUAGCCUACCCAGAUAUACCCCUACCCUACUCUAGCCUAUCCAGAUAUACCCCCUACCCUACUCUACCCUAGUCUACCCUA